AUGUCCAACAUCCUGCCCCUACACCACUCGUACUACCCCUCGCGCCAGUCGUCCCUCUCUCGAUCCGUAGACACUGCGCAAAAGCCAUCUACAUCCUCCUCUGCGGCCACGAUCCGUCCGCAACCCGGCACACAAUCGCAACCACAAGGGCAGCACAUCGCAAUGAGCGGCACCCCAAGCCAAGGGCCUGGGCUGCGGUACCCGUCGAAUAAGAAGAGCAUAUAUGACAGGAAUCUGAACCGGAGUAAGAAUGCGGAGCUUAGUAGAGCGGCGUUUGCGUACCUCUUCAUUGAGAUGAUUGCGUAUGCGCAGAAGGGCGCGAAGGAUGUGGGGGACUUGGAGCAGAGACUGAACACACAAGGCUACCCCAUUGGCCUCCGCUUACUCGACCUUCUCCUCUCCCGUACUGCCAACCCCCUCGCGAGCAUUCGGCCCACUCGUAUCCUGCCUCUCCUCCAAUUCAUCGCACAACAGCUAUACCGCUACCUAUUCGGUCGACCCGCGGAUGCAUUAGAAAAAUCUGGCACCGACCCAGGACAGUACAUGCUCUUCGACAACGACCCGAUGGUCAACCAAUACAUAAGUCUGCCCAAAGAACUAUCGAGUUUGAACUGCGCGGCCUUUGUCGCGGGCAUAAUUGAGGGUGUUUGCGAUGGUGCGGGAUUUCCGACCGAGGGCGUGACUGCGCAUAGUGUAGGCGACGAAGAGGGCAAGGGACUGUGGCCGGGAAAGACGGUCUUUUUGAUCAAGUUCAAGCCCGAGGUGUUGGAGAGGGAGGAGAUACUGGGCAGGGGUGGGGGCUGA